AUGAGUCAAACCUAAAGUAUUCAGAGCUUGGAGUUGAAGGAUACUUUUUUUUAUCACAUGAAUUCGGUCUAUUAUUAAAUAUAAAAUAAAUUUAAUUGUUUGUUUUAAAGAUAAGAUAAAAUUUUUUACAUCUUAUUUCAUAUUUUUAGCUUUAAUAUUCAAAGAAGCUUGAACUAUUGUAAAAGCUAAUAAUAGGAAUUAAUGUAAUCCAAAUUAACAAAGCUAUUAGCUUUAAUAAUAGCUAAUAAUUCCAUCUUGGUAAUUGAGAGUAUAUUCUAACUGAGUUCCUUGCCUUUUCAUUUACCUUGCUUGGGUUUGUAUGCUAUAUUGUGGAAAGUUCCAAAAAGCUAUAAUAAUUACUAUUUAAAAUUUUGGACAUAUAUAUUCAUAGGCAGUAAGCACAAAAUACCUAUAAAUGAGCAUAUUAGUAUCAAUAUUAAUAUUGUUAGUAACUGUGUAUUGUAAUUUUAGGAUUAUUAUUACUAAUUUUAAUUAUUAUUCUCCUCUAUUUAAGAAAUAUUACUAUCAAUUUGA